ACUUGCGAGAUGCUGUACUCUGGAAUACGGAAGCAUAGCUGCUGUCAUCUAAACAAACAACAUGGGCUGAUUUUAGAGAAUGUCAUCAAGAGGCUAGACUUUGUCUCUAGACUUGCAAACCCGUGCAAGUCUAGAGAAGGUGACUGCAAGGCAUUGACUGUAUUUGGAUAAGCUUAUUUUCAAGUCAGCCAUGGCUGGGGAGGAAGAGGAGCAGAUGGUCGAUGGACCUAAGGAGGUGGACAUGUUCACAUCAGUGCGGUGCCUGGGUUACCUGUCCAGCGUCAACCUCCUUGUGGCGGUAUGCGUUGGCAUGUACGUACGCUGGGAGGUGACGAGUGAACCGAUGAUUCUGGUCAUCUUCAUCCUGGGCCUCAUCGUCCUGGGGAUUGCCAGCAUUCUACAUUACUACUUUUCUAUGAAGAAAGCCAGUCUCAGCUUGUUCCAUUUGUGGUUUGGCUUUUUGCUCGGCCUUCUGUGCUUCCUCAACAGCCCGUCCUUGGAUUCAAAUGUCAAGGAAAUGGUUGCCAACUAUCUCCUCUUGGCCAGUGUAUCCAUGAAAACGGUAUGGGCUUUAACGGAGCGAAUAUGCAGCUCCAUCCGUUACAAACCCACCUUGCUAACAUCAACUGAGCUGCUGGAGCUCCUGGGAUUUGGCAUUGCCAGCACUACCAUGCUUCUUCACAGGUCGGUGGCCAUAAUUGGCUUGGUGGUGGCCCUGGGGGCUCUCAUUGUGGACCUGAGAAUGAAAUCUCUCCUGGCUUUGCCUAACCUGGUCAGUUUUGCCUUGGUUACAUCUCUGGUGUUUUUCCAGGCCUUAGGCAUCACAGCCAAUCCUUACGCCUUAGGCUGCUACAUGGGCAGGCUGCUGUGCGAGCCCAUGUUGGAUGUGUACUUCAGUGGACUUGGGCCAAGCGAGCGCUGGAUACCAGUGCUCUCCAUGGGGAGGGUGUGGAGGAGGCUGUCCCUGCUGCCUCUGAGUGUGACUGAGCUGGCCUUCUUUGUCCUGGCUGCCUUAAAGCUUGGUCACUUGGAGCUCUGGUAUCUGGUGAUCCCAGGCUUCUGCGUGUUUGGACUUUUCUGGUCCAUCUGCCACAUAAUUCUGCUGAUGACAAUAUGGGGCUUCCACAGCAAGUUGAGUGAGUGUCAGCAGGCCUUGCAGGCCCAACGAUCCAGUAGCCGGAGUCUCAACCAAGUCAUGGCCUCCAGGGGCAUCCGACACUUCUGCCUCAUAUCAGAACGGCUGGUGUUCUUUUGUAUGCUGUCGACGGUCAUAUUGGGAUCUGUGUCCUGGCAGCCCUCCAACGGCCUUUUUCUCUGCGCUCUGCUGGUGGUGCUGCCUCUGGAGUCUCUGGUCCACGGCUUGUUCCACGAGCUGGGCAGCUGCCUGGGGGGAACUUGUGUUGGCUACGCUCUGGUCAUACCGACUGCGUACUGCAGCGCUGAUGGCCAGCCCACUCUUCUACCACCCGAGCAGGUACAACAGCUGAACAUGCGCUCAACAGGUAUGCUGAACAACGUGCAGCGCCUCUUCUCCCACCACAUGAUCCAGACGUUUGGUUGCGACUACUCCACCAGUGGCGUCACGCUGGAAGCCGUGCAUACGAAGCUGCGCAACUUUCUGGAGCUUCGUACAGCAGACGGACCCCGCCAUGACACCUAUCUGAUUUUCUACAGUGGGCACACGCACAAAGGCACCGGGUCCUGGGCUCUGGCCGGAGGUGAGAGCCUCCACUUGGCCCAGUUGCUAGAGUUGUGGAAGGAGAAGAACGCCGGCCACGGCUCCCGUCUCAUCCUCGUCUUGGAUACCGAAAACUCCCUCCCCUGGGUGAAGGAGAUACGCAGGGUGGAGGGCAUCUAUGUAGCCAUGCAGGGGGCCGAGCUGUCCGUCACCAGGGUAGACCCCGAGGCUGGAGACAUCCCCCUCCUCGGGGACUUCACGUCCGAAUGGGUGGAGUUCAACUGCAACCCAGACAGCGACACCCAGUGGUCAGAAAAGGGAAGGACUGUGACGGCCGCAUACGGCGUGUCCAAACGCUGGAGCGACUACACGCUCCAUCUGCCCACAGGAAGUGAUGUGGCCAAACAUUGGAAGACUCACUUUCCCAAGGUGACAUAUCCCAUGGUGCACAUCUCCAACUGGUGCUGUGGCCUCAACCUGUUCUGGCUGUGUAGCGUGUGUCUGCGCUGCUUCAGGAGGUGUAAACUGGCUUGGUUCCCACCAGCUGUACUGGACACUGGGCAGGGCAUUAAACUGGUGCACUCUUAGAGAAGGAGGGAAGUUGAUAUGUGCAUUUCGACUCUGGUAGUUUGUGUCUUAACAGCUGGGUACUAGGUGUUUAUAAAAACAAAAGAUAAGCUCCUGUUAUACUAUAUAUAACACAGGUUUUACCCCAUGAGUGAAAUGUGGCGUAUAAAGUGUAUACAGUAUGCUUUUUAUGGUAAGAGAUGUCACAUUACGGUGGAUAAAACCAUAUUAAGAAUGUAACUAUGGUUUAUUAACAUGGUAUUUAGCAAACGGCCAAAUUGGGUGAUUAUAAGUAUUAUAUUUUGGGAUAUUAGGAUUUUGAAUACUAUUUUGCCAUUACUGCAUAGCUAUUGUUUUUGGAAGGUUUUCUGCUCAUCUUUUUUUGUUACAUAUUUUUUUUUUUCAAUAUCAUAGUGCCUUGAAGAUGGUUAUAUCUUUAAUGCGAAUGCCCAAUUUUUAUAUGUAUGUAUGUAUAUAUAUAAUGUAUAUAUCCUUGCCUCAUAUUUAUAUCAGAGGAUUUAGCUCACACUCUUAACUUAAACUGUGUGAGCGGAGAGGGGUCUCGGUCUCUUAAAGCCGGCAGAAUACUGAGUGUUGUGCGGCUGAACUCCGUGACCCUCUGGUUAUGGCAACGUCUAACCACUGGGACAACGUGCCGCUCUUGCUGUGGGAUCUUUUUCCUCGUACACUUCCAAUCAGGGCACAACAUUAGCACCAGCCAAAUGCUAGUAAUAUGCAAGUUGCUUCUAGAUUUCGCUCAAGCCAAAAGAAACAAUGGCAAUCUAGCGUUCACCAGCCAUUUUGCCAAUGAACAAAAUAAAGUGAGUUUGUACCCUGCAAACAUUUCAGGUAUUCCUGAAUUGAACCAAAACGGCUGCAUUGGCUGUGAGACGGUGUAUAUAAUCACUAGACAGUAUUCUGACGCUUCCUGUUUAUUUACAUAAAUGAAGGGAAGUUGAAGAAGUACGAACACAGCACAUUCAAGUGUUCUUGCUGUUGUCUCUGCGCUGUGAACAAGUGACUUCUCAUGCAAAAUGACAAAUCAAGAAGCUCCCAAUGCUUUUUAUUGGUGCACUGACCUUAAGAACUCGUAUUGGCCAUCCUUUAUUUCAUACUUUAUUUGCUGUAUUGGAUCUAUCUCCCAACCUACCUUAAACUCUGGAUCUUUGCCUUAAGGUUUGUGUUUCACGGUGACGUUUCCAGGAGCUCACAUGUUAAUUCCCCUUGUGCCUGUACAAUGUCAAAAAUACACCUGGAUAAUAAACUGAUUGAACAUUA